AUGGUAACAGUGAGCAUGAAAUUAGGUAUAACGUUCCAAAAUACAUUACGAAAGUGUUCUACUAAUUGCCUUAUUUCGAGGAGAAAUUUUUCAUCAAAAAUCCCGGUGGUUCUUGGAAUCGAAACUAGCUGCGAUGACACAGGAGCUGCUAUAGUUUCAGGAGAUGGCAAGGUCCUGGGAGAAUAUAUCCAUUCUCAACAGAGCAGCCACUUAAAAUUUGGUGGAAUCAUUCCACCCGUGGCACAAAAUUUUCACCGUGAAAAUAUCGAACAUGUCGUAGAAAAAACGUUUCAACUAGCUAAUAUGACCCCAAAGGAUAUUGAUGCAAUAGCCGUUACGAAUCGUCCUGGUCUGCCGCUUAGUUUAUUGGUUGGUACGAGAUAUGCAAAACACAUUGGCCGUACAUAUGACAAACCUCUGAUUCCUAUUCAUCAUAUGCAAGCUCAUGCGUUAAUGGCGCGAAUGAGUGCUACUAUUCCGUAUCCUUUCCUUUGUUUGCUCGUAAGCGGCGGUCACUCAUUAUUGGUUGUAGUUGAAAAUACCGCAAAGUUCAAAAUAUUGGGAGAAACUUUGGAUGAUGCCCCAGGCGAAGCUUUGGACAAAAUUGCACGUCGACUAAAGCUGCGUAAUUUAUUCGAAUACACUGAAAUAUCUGGAGGACACGCGAUUGAAUUAGCGGCGCGUGCAGCCCCGACACUUACGACUGCUUAUGAGUUCCCGCUUCCAUUAUCAAAGUAUCGUGAUUGCCAAUUCAGCUUUGCCGGCUUGAAAAAUACGGCUACGAGGCACAUACUUGAGCGAGAAUCGACCCUUGAUCUUGCUCCCGACGAGUUGUUGCCUGACUAUGAAGCGUUUUGUGCUUGUUUCCUCAAGGGAGUCACACGUCAUAUGCUCCAUCGAACACAGCGUGCAAUAGAAUUCUGCGAGCGGCGGAAUUUGUUGUCGAACUUAGAGCGACGCCUGGUAAUUUCUGGAGGAGUUGCUUGCAAUGACGUUAUCUUUCACGCGUUGAGCGCGAUGGCAAAACAGUUUGGCUACAGCACUUUUCGGCCUCCGAAGAAAUAUUGCACAGAUAAUGGCACGAUGAUAGCUUGGAAUGGCGUGGAGAAGCUUAUCGGCAAGGAUACGGCCGAAAUGACAAAGGAUUACGCAGUAAUUGAUAUAAGUGGCAAAUGUCCGAUAGGUGAAAGUUUAAUCAAUGAUGUAAAAGAAGCAAACAUAGCCUGUAAAUGGGCUAAGGUAGAAAUGGUUCCCGCACGGGACCAAUCAACUAGAGAAAACUAG